CCGGAAACUCAAUGACAGAGCAAGGAAUUAAACGAUGGCUUUGGGAGGAGAACCGGGUACAUGAGGAGGAAGAGGAGGAGCCCCGCGUAAUUACAUCUGCUGCGACCUGCUCCCCCAGACGGACGCAUGCAUGUACACGAAGGGCCCUGUGCUUCCCCAGUGCUCACUAUUCAUUAUCUGCAGUGUUUAUUACCAUGUUUUUUUUAGUUCUGGCUCUCAUAUCCUCCUGGAGGAUGACAGCAUGUGGAAAUGAACCUGUGUUAUGAAGAGUUUUCACAGCCAGAGGAUUUAAUGGAAAACCUUUUUUUUUUUUUUGUUAGUUUUAGUUUUAAGCUUUUCUUUUCAACCUUUUGGGGGAGGAGUGGCUGUCAGUGUGCAGUAAAAAUCCAGCAAGUUGUACCCCAUCCUUGUCCCACCCCCUCCUACAGUAGGGGCCGUCCCUUUAGCCGCUGUUAGUGUGAGCAGAGAUCACCCAAAACUCCACUCAACCACUCUGAGGAUCCGUCGUCCCUGUACAUGGGGGCUCUGGUGGGGCUGGUGGGGCUUUUGGCCCUGUCCUGGACCCUCCCUCCAGGCUGUGCUGUCGGAACUUGCGAUGGGUUUAGACAUCUGGAAAAUGGACGCACCUUCUUCCGGUACGGGGGGCUCUACGUGACUUUCACCUGUAAUCCGGGCUUCAAGCUCCAUGGCCAUCGGACCAGUAGCUGCCUUUCGGGCCGCUGGAUUCGGGAUCCCCCAGUGUGUGUUGCCUCAGGUUGCCCAGAUCCUGGUCAGCCCCAGCAUGGCAGCAGCACUGUCACCCAGGGCGGCUCCUUUGCAGCCUUCGCGUGUCAUGGGGGCUACAGGCUCUACGGCCCCCAGCUGCUCUAUUGCCAGGGUGGAAUCUGGAACACCACUAGGCCGGUAUGCAAAGAAUCUGACAUCAUGAGCUCAGACAAACACAAGUACCUUGACCUUUUGGUUCUCGGAAUUGAGCACAAUGCCAACCUGCCCCUUUCCGCGAAGGACCUGUCUGCAUUCUGGUACAACAAUGAUGCCAACACCCCACUGAAAGACACAUUACCCAAGACUGGGCUGCAGGACAAAGAGCUUCUGAGGAACUCUCACCCUAAGCCAAUCCUUGAAGAACAUGUGCUGAAGGAGAUCCCUCCAGAAAGAGACCAUUCAAAAAAACACUGGCCGAGCCAAACAUCAGAGGCUGGGGUGGAAUAUAAAGACGCCUAUAAGGAACCAGUGGAUUAUGGUGCAUUUAUCAGCAAGCCUGAAGAGUUUCUGACAUCCUCUGCUUCUCCAACCCCUGAGGCUAACUUCUUAACGGCUUCUUAUCCAGAAUCAAAACCAAGCUCGACAUUGCCUGUUGCUGGCAUCCAUGAAGAUAUAGGUUCACAAACAGAGGGAAUCCCAGCUCACACAGUGGGCUCAAAUUUGCUUGUGGCUAGAAGACCAGAUCCUGAAGCUCCAAAUACAGAAACUAUACCCCUAAAUUCAGGCCCAGUCACUUCACCAGCACCCAGUGAGAUGUCAGUGCCAGGUGCUGAUAGAUAUAGAGAACUGACUCUAGAGUCUAGUUUGGAAUUAUAUGAUAGUUCAACAGGAAGUGAGCUGCAAGAUCAGAAUUUCACACUGGAGGUCAGUACAUUUUUAGCUACUCACUAUCUGGAAACGUCUAAAACGUGGGCCACACCAACGUCCAUGAUCCAGGCUGGAUUUCUGGGGUUUUCUUCAACCAAUCCACCCCUCCAUCAAGCAUCCAGCCUUCAGACACGUGUCACGUUCCUCACUGCUUUGAUGGGCGAUAUCUCAACAUCUCAGUCUGCGCCUGAAAGCCGUGCAACAUCAAUGGAUGCAGCUUCGUCUGGGUUAGGCAAACUCAUAAGCCAAUAUUUCAUGAAGAAGAAAUCUACUGAAAUGGAUGACGAUGAUUCUGAAGAACUUCGUAGUGGAUCUGCUAAAGGCUUUGUGAAAAGCCCAAGUGAAAUUAGCACGUCAGUGAACACCAAAGAAGGAAAAAUGUCAGGUCAGCCUGGGGUCAAUUCCGCAAUGUCUCCAGACCCUGCUAUGGCAUUGGCACCUACUGACUCCCUGUUUAAGGACUCCUCUGACCUUCACUCUCUCCUCUAUUUGAAGCCUACAGUUUACAAGGAAGACUGGGGAGAGAGUUCUAGAUUUAGUAUCUCUGCAAGGCUUGGAGAAGAUGGUACAUGGCAGGGGAUUUUAUUAGCUAGGACACAGGAGGGAUUAACGCUACCGGGAGAGGUCACCCAAGAGCCCUCUGCUGCCCCCUAUCUGGGGACAGACUGGCCCAGUAGUGAACCAGCAGAUGCCUCUAACAGGAUACCCCCUAAAACUGGGACCUUGCCACCAUACCCAGUGUCUGAAGGGCCCAAAUGGUUCAGUGAUUCUAGAGAUCAGUUUGUUACUGGGACUCAAGAGGAUUCCGCUACAGGGAGCCUUGUUGAGUCCACGAGCUCCACCAUUGGCUGGCCGAGAACCGUGACAUCGCCGACUUCCAGAGCUGGCCAGGAGGGCAAUGCGUCGUCUGCUAUAGGGGAGAACCUCCUUCCUGUGACUGCAAAUGCCUUGCCGGGUCCAAUGACUGGCAGUCCUCAUGCCUUAAAGGUCGCGGGGCAAUUAUGGGUGCGCAGGCGGCGGCCAACGUGUCCUUACCCGCCUCUGCCGGCUCACGGGACGUUCUACUUCCGCACGGUCGCUAACCCCACUCCGCAGCAGUACAAACACUUUGUGCAGUACGCCUGUUACCCUGGAUACACAUUAGCCAAUGGGGACGUUUAUAGCUACUGCCUGCAGGGCGGCAAGUGGAGUGGUGUCACACCUGUUUGUAUAGAGGAGACCCCCUGCUUGAUCAGCAAUGGCGGCUGUUCCCAGUUCUGCGACAUCGACCCCCAGAACCAGGCUCGCUGCCGCUGCAGGCAGGGGUUCCAGCUGCUGGAGGACGCCCGAACGUGCCGAGCAACAGACUUCCAGAGCAACAGAGAUACAAAACAUCCUGAAGUCCCCAGUUGCAUGGUGGCUAACAUCUGCUCUUCUGCUUGGCUCUGGUACCCCAGUGACGACCUUCUUGGUUACACAUACACAGAGCUGCUCCAUUGCUGCUCCCUGGACACCAGUAACGGCAUGUAUGUGUGUUCUUAUCCUCUGUAUGUUAAACCAAUAUGUUUGAGUAUUUCAGACAAAGAUGAGUGUGCAGAGGAAACCCACUCGUGUCAGCAAAUCUGCAUCAACACCUUCGGCUCGUUCGAGUGCCACUGUGGUCCGGGGUACCUGCUGGUUAGUGACGGGACGACCUGCUCUGACCGAGAUGAAUGCGCGGUCAGCAAUGGCGGCUGUACCCACCACUGUGCCAACAGCGCUGGAAGCUUCCGCUGCUUCUGCCACCCUGGGUUCCAGCUUGCAAAUGAUCUGGUCACCUGCCAAGACAUAGAUGAGUGCGAACUUCCUGUGGGCGUGGCUACGUGUCUGUUCGGCUGUGUUAACACGCCAGGUAGCUAUCGAUGCUAUUGCCCGGAGGGGUACCAACUGGGGUCCGUGGACGGACACUGCCAAGAUAUCGACGAGUGUGCCAAGAAUGGUGGGCGGGGCCUAUGUGCCAUGGCGUGCCACAACAUGCCUGGCUCCUUCCGCUGUUCCUGUGCCUACGGCUACCAGCUGGCAGGGGAUGGGCGCUCAUGUGUGGCUGAGUGUCCCGCCGGGUACCGCAAGCAGCUAGAUGGCGCCACUACUGUGGGGGGCCCCGGGACGCAUUGUGUCGACAUUGAUGAGUGCCAGGAAGUCAGUCUGGGCGAGCACAGGUGCCAGUGGAAAUGCACAAACCUGCCCGGGUCCCACCGCUGUAUCUGCCCACGGGGGUACAGGCUCGACUCGGACGGCCAUCGCUGUAUGGAUGUCAACGAGUGCGAGUCUGAGAACGGAGGCUGUUCUCACACUUGUAUCAACUACAGAGGUGGCUACAACUGUGCCUGUCCAGAAUUCUACCGCUUGUCUCCAUUCAGCAAAAAAUGGUGCCAGCCUACCCAUUAGGGGGACUCGGAUGGUUUGUAUAUACAAUGUUAACCUUAAUUUGUAUAAUUCUGUUUCCAGAAAUUGUAGUUUGUAUCUACUUUUUCCACAUAUAUUACCAUGUAAUUUUACCUCUAAAGCUAAUUACGUAAUGUAGUGUUUUCUUCCUUGAAUCCAGACCAAAGAAGCCAAAAGUUAGAUUGGAUUAGAUGACUUGCAGAAAAAGUUACAGUAAAAAAAAACAAACUAUUUUCUCCUAGUGAUCUGGAUUUAUUUUUCAGACACCGUGUUGCCAAGCAACCAGAAAUGUUGCUCACGGGAAACAUCAUUGGCUAGUUUUUUAAGCUUUGUUAGUCUAGAUAUGAAUGAUGUCAUUGUAGUGCACACAAGCAAUGCUGUAAAUAUCCCAGUGAAUAACAAUGUUCCAGUUCUUUCAAAAGCAUUUAUGUAUAUAUAGCCACUACACUAAUGAGAAGUAAAGUUAUCCAGUAAUAUACGAGCUGCUUUAAUUUUUGGUCUUAUGCUUA